AUGUGCGACCUCCCAUUCUUCCCCAUCUUCCCCAUCUGCUUUCAAUGCGGCACCGACCAGAAUCCCUGCCACUGUAAAGUCGUCGGGCCAACACUAGAAUUCCUACAGGUGAUCUGCUGGCCCGCCUCGAUCUUUUGUGGCUGUGGCUGUACACAGACCGGACGGGAGUAUGUGGACUCUCUUCCCUCUCUUCUCCGCGUAGGUAACGAUGAAGCUAAUGGAUCUAGCGUGUUGGGCUACCCGGUGAAACUGAAUGGUCAAGUCAGCAAUGCGAUACCAUUCUGA